UAGAGGACAAAAAGAACCAUGAAAAGGAAAAAAAUGGCGUCGCCCGGACUCGAACCGGAGACCUUCAGUGUGUUAGACUGACGUGAUAACCAACUACACCACGACACCACCGGAUGUCCUUUUACUGAAUUUAUAACACGUAAACUAACUAGUCUCUGAAUUAGGAAUAGAAUCAUUCAUACUAUGCCUUCAAAUGGCGCCUUUACUUUCAUAUUAUGCCCACUAACAUCAUCAUCAUCAGUUUGCCUGCACUUCGACCAGUGAAACAGAAUCCAUAAACAGUGUUGUUUGUUAUUAUAUACAAACCCUAGAGAGGAUGAUACUGAGAACUCCACCUCCGAAGAGACCCAGAGACGAUGUCAAAGCCAUUGAGACCUCACCGGUCGGUUCCGACCGUCGGCAGCCGCUCAUUAUCUACGAAGAUCCUGCUGUUAUUGUCCAACAUCCGGAUGACUCCUCUCACGAACCUCAUCAACCGUCCGAUCAUAUGCUCUGCACCUAUCAAUGCCGUCAAAUGGUUAAAUCAGAUUUUUUUGAUGCUUUGAGCAAUGCAGAGAAGCAAGCUUCUGAUUAUCAAUCUAAAUUAGAGACCUUAAAUGAGAACUUUAGCAAAGCUGAUGCUGAGAGGAAAAAAUUUCGAGAUCAAUUCUUAUAUGCUGAACAAGAACUUGCAGCUGCCAAAGGGCGUGAAAAGGCACUGCAAGAGCAACUCCUAAAGGAGAUUAAUGACUCCCAGGAGAGGUUGAAGAAACAAUUAGAAUCAUGCAGCAAACUUGAGAUAAAGCUGGAAAAUGAAAUGAAACUUCGCAAAAAAGCUGAAUCCUCAGCGACUUCUGCUGAAGAGAAAGCAAGUGUAUUGGAGGGAAAACUUGCCCACCUUUCCGAAAGCAUUGAAAAGGAGAAAAAGCGCCUCAAUAAUGAGCUUGUGCAGCUGCAAAGAGAUUCAAAGCUUUCUGUUUCCAGAAUAACAGCAGAUCAUGAAAAAAUGGAAUGCAGAGCUAAAAAUGCUGAGAAAGAAUCAGAGCUACUGAAGGCACAACUGGAAGAUCUAAAAUUGCAACUAAGUGAGUGCUUGCACCAGAAGGGUGAACUAGAGAAGAAAUUAUCAAGUUUUGCAAUUCAAGAAGGAUCUUCUACCGAGGGCAAUAUUUUGGUUAAGCAUCUACAAGAAGAGCUUAGAAACUGUGAAUCUGAAGUGAGAGAAGCAAGAAAACUCAAAUCAUCUUAUGAAAAUGUUGAGUUGUUAAAGGAGAAAUUACUGGAAGAAAAGAGCCGCAGAGAGAGGGCAGAGUCAGAGUUAUCCAAGUUUCAAGAGCUUGAGCUAAAUAUGAGGAAUUUGGAGGACGAGUUGUCUUCUUGGAAGUCCUUGAUUAAAGAAAUUCCGAACGUGUCAUGUUGUGAUGAUAUACCUCUUAAGUUUGCAGCUUUACAGAAAGAGAUGAUUGAUAACAUGAUGAAGGUAGGAGAGGCAAAUGCUCGUGUGAAGCAAAUGGAGGUGGCUCUGGAUGCUGCCCAUCUUGGCAAACAAAAUGCUGAAACUGAGGUUGCAUCAGCUAAAGAGAAGGCAAAACGCUUAAAAUUGGAGGUCAAUCAGAUCGAAUUGAUGCUUUGUACUGUCACUGAAGAGAGAGACGGGUUGAAAAAUAUUGUUGAUGAAUUGAGGAGGUCAAAGAAUGAACAAGCAGGGGAUGAAUCUGCCAGUGGAACUCUUCUUCAGGAAUUUGAAUCAUCUCUUCUAAAAAAAGAAUGUUAUAUUAAAGAAUUGGAGAGUAAUUUACAUGAGCAAAAAGAAGCUAGUAAUCGUCAACUUGAUGAAAUAAAGUUGCUUAAUGACAGGCUGAAUAAUGAAGCUAGGAGAUUUAAGUCGCUGGAAAGGGAGAGUGAUCGACUUCGUUCAGAAAUUUCUCUGUUGGAAUCCAAGCUAGGCCAUGGUGACUUUUCUGCUGCAAACACAAAAGUAUUGAGAAUGGUGAAUACCCUUGGAGUUGAUAAUGAUGCCAAACAAACUAUAGAGGCUUUACGUACUGAGUUGGAGAAGACAAAGGAGAAGUUACAAGCUGUUGAAGAAUUAAAGAGUCAAUCAGGUGAUGCUGGAAAGCUUGUUGAUUCCUAUAUAUCUGGGAAGAUAACACAGUUAAAAGAACAGAUUGCAACGCUUGAAAAACGUGAAGAAAGAUACAAGACUGUUUUUGCUGAUAGGAUUUCAGUGUUUAGGAGGGCAUGUUGCGAACUAUUUGGUUACAAGAUUGUCAUGGAUGAACACCAGCGUUCUAAUGGAAUCCCAGUUACUCGUUUUACCCUUCAAUCUAUUUAUGCUCAAAGUGAGGAUGAGAAGCUUGAAUUUGAAUAUGAAUCGGGAAAUACAAACAUUCUGGCAAAUGCUUACACUUCUCAGUCUGAGAUAUCUCGUCAGGUCGAUAUAUUUAUUCAUAAGAUGAAUUCUAUCCCAGCUUUCACAGCCAACUUGACAGUGGAGUCUUUCAAUAAAAGGACUCUUUGUUGAUACAGAUCAAAAAGCAAGGUUACUCCAGAUUUUCAUGAUUUCUCCCAUAUACCAGUGCAAAAGAUUGUAAUUUGUGUGCCUUAUUGAUUCUCAUUCCUAGUUGAUAUGCUGUCAACCUGGCAUGAACUACCAGAAAGGUUUUUUUUUUUUUAAACUUUUUUUGCCUUCUAGUCAAAUUCACCUUUGAAAUGAACUACCAAAAGAUGAAAUUUUUCUUUUUAGCAUUUCAAGGUUUGAUAUGAUUAUUUUUGUGUGCGUUUACCAACCUUUUGAUGUGAUCUUGAUAUACCUCUGCUUUACAGUAAGUAAUUAAUCUCUCUAUCGUGUCUAUUGCA